UCUAGGGACGCCGGCACAAUGGGGUUAGCGUCGAAUGGCUACCUGCAGCCAUCUCCGUCCGCGUUGCCACGUCGACGUUACCGUGGCAGCAGAUUAUCGUCGUCGCAGAGCAGUAGCGCUGAUGGGAGUAGCGACAGCGGCCGCUUGGGAGUGAACGGCGUGAGGGGGAACGUGAGCAGCGACAGCGAAGAUCCCCUGCGGAAGUACCUGCAGCCGUCGCCCCGCGUAGCCACCGCCGCGCCGUUCAGCGACAGCGGAGGAGAGGUGUCGCGCGAUUACGGAGAGGAUUCGAGCGGUGCCGGCGCGGCGGGCGUGCGAGACAGCAGCCUUGACCAGUACCUCGGCCCGUCGCCGCUGCCGCCGCCCUCCGUUGACGUCAUUGAGCCGACGAUGUAUGACGAGACGGAUGCCGGACCGGAUGGAUCGCCCGUGGUUAUUUCACGCUAUCUGAGCUCGCCACCAUCGGAGGUGCUCAACGUGUGGGUGCGGUCGGGUGGCCGUGAAGAGGGUUUGCCAUCUGAAGAGGGGUUCGCCGUCUCAAAGUCUCGUAGUCUCAACCCGCGCGAGUCUCGCAGUCUCAACCCACGCGAGUCUCGCAGUCUCGGCCCACGCGAGUCUCACAGUCUCGGCCCGCGCGAGUCUCACAGUCUCGGCCCGCGCGAGUCUCACAGUCUCGGCCCGCGUGAGUCUCGCAGCCUCACCCAGCGCGAGUCUCGCAGUCUCAACCCGCCCGAGUCUCGCAGCCUCAAACCGCGCAAGUCUCGCAGUCUCAACCCGCGCGAGUCUCACAGUCUCGGCCCGCGCGAGUCACACAGCCUCAGCAACAUCCGUCCGACGUACGCCCCGUCUGUCUCGCCCCGGCUCUCCGAGAUCGAUGAUGCCGACCUGUCGCAGUACCUUCGUCCGUCGCCGCGCCCCGCAGACAAUGCCACCGGCGCAUCACGUCUCGAGAUGUCGACCGACGAGAGCAUCGAGUACAGCCUGUCGGCCAACGACCAGGACACGACUCUGCCCACGUUGCCUCAGCCGGCAGGGGUAGCCACACACGCGGCGGCGGCGGCGGCGGCGCCGGCGCGUGACAUCGUGCUGCGCAACGCAGAAGCCUCACACUGGUGCGUGUCGGCCGAGGAGUUGAGGCAACGAUGCGAGGUGUGCGGAGGCGUGCGCGGCGCGUCUCCACACACCUGCCCCGAUGCCGACCAAUGCACAUCGGCGUCGAAUGCGGGAGUUGCUCGCGGGUCCCCUGAUUCAGAUGUCGUACAUUGGUGUGUGUCGGAAGAUCAGCUGAAGUAUCGCUGUAAGGUAUGUCAUGGCGUCCGUGGCAAGUCUCCGCAUACGUGUCCCAUUCAUGACGCACAGAGCUCCGAGUCCAGCACGGAAAUGUCCGCAUCAGCCACAGAAGAGGAGGUUGUUAACGGAAGCCCCGCGAAACAGCAGAUAUCUCGUUGCACGAAGUGUGGUGGAAUGCGCGGUGGGUCACCGCAUACGUGCCCUGUUCACUCUGACAACCCUCCGAUGUAUGAUUCUACCGCAAGAGCAGAAAUGAACCAAGGGUCCCCUGAUUCAGAUGUCGUGCAUUGGUGUGUGUCGGAAGAUCAGCUGAAGUAUCGCUGUAAGGUUUGUCAUGGCGUCCGUGGCAAGUCUCCGCACACGUGUCCCAUUCAUGAUGGCGACCCACAGAGCUCCGAGUCCAGCACGGAAAUGUCCGCAUCGGCCACAGAAGAGAGGUGUAAUGGAGGCCCCGCGAAACAGCAGACGCAUCACUGUGAGAAAUGUGGGGGGAGUGCGCGGUAUGUCCCCACACGCCUGUCCCGUUCACCCUGAAAACCCACAGAAGUCGGACUCUGCAGUACGUAUAUCUCAAGGGUCCCCGGAUUCGGACGUCGUGCACUGGUGCGUUUCAGCCGAUCAGCUCAAGUAUCGCUGUAAGAUGUGCCACGGCGUUCGCGGCAAGUCGCCGCACACGUGCACCGUCGCCGACGGCAACCCAAACAAGUCUGAGUUGACGACAGAAUCGCCCGCGCGAGUGUCGCCCGAUCCGGACGUCGUGCAUUGGUGCGUGUCGCACGACCAGCUGAAGUAUCGCUGCGAGCUGUGCCACGGCGUGCGAGGGGACUCGCCGCACCCCUGCCCCGUGUAUGACGCUCGCGAG